ACAAAAGACAAUCCUUUGCUAUAAGUACGCCAAGACACUAUCAACCCUACACGCCAAGACACUGCCAAUACCAAAGUCAAUAACCUUGUUAUCGUAGCUCAGAUACAAGCUAAUACCUCCAAGUUAUGUCCUCCGUUAUGGUCAAGGCGGAGAGCCACGGCAGCAUUUCCAACAUCUUCAAACACGAGAAUGAGUCUGUGGACUUGCUUCUCCGCGAGAUACACCUGGAUAGCCCUAACAAUAACCUCCACAACUUUAACUUGCUUGACAGCCAGGCCUCGGAUUCAGAUGAGUGCAACAACAGCCGCGAGGUUCAGCCUUUGCAGUUCACCAAACCCAAGCCCGCCUUCGAUAGUGAAAGCAUCUUCUACGUCAAAACGGGCAAUGAACCCAGUGAGAGGCUCUCGCGCCUGAAUUCCGCGGUCCGUGGUCCACGGGCGUUGGUUUUAAACGCCAACACGGUAUUACAUCCAGGAACCCUCGACUGUAUUCCGCCCCGCAGCCCCAACCGCGCUUCCUCGCGGCUCGAAGACGACGACCUUUCUUCCCAGGGCCCUGAGCGCAUUCCAGCCCGCAGCCCUGAGAGAAAGCCGUCCGGGCCACGUCCCGACAUCUCAGAGCCACUUCCGGGUACUUCUAAGGUAUCUUCUGAAGCUUCCAAAUUGCUUCCCUCUGUGUCAGUCCAUUCCGAGCUUGCCGCAAGCCCAAAGCUUUCCGACCUGGAAGGUGAGCCAGCAGACCCUCCGUUCGGUGAGCCAAUCUCGAUAGACCCUUCGUCGUAUGAAGAAGCAACCUCGGCGGAUUCGUCUGAGACCCUCGCGGAUAAGUCACCGUCGCGCUCGCCGUCCAAGUCCAUUCUCAAAUCCUCCAUAUCGUUUUCACCGUCCAAGAAAUCCGUUGUGUUCGAACAGUCCCCACCUGAGGUGAUGGAGUACGAGCACUACGAAACCACCCGGUCUGACUCUGGCUCUGAGGCCUUUAUACACGACUCCGAAGCAUUCAGACACGAGGAUUUAGACGCUCAGUUACGCUUAAUCGAGCGGGAAAAUCCCAUUACAUCGCCGGCUUGGAACCAUGUCCACCACCCCGAACUAGAUUUCGACUACACCAAUGAAAUUGGUGACGUUACCGAGAACACCGAUAUGGGCUCUCCUCCUCCGUUACCGGUCAGAAAGUCUUCCUUACCAGAUGCAUGUGACGUUUCACAGGCCCUAUUACAGGUCAAAUCCGAGUCUGACGACGAGCUGAUCAAACAGGAGGAGGAUAACUUUUUGUUCAAGCAAGACUUUAUCAAACAGGAAAGUGGUAACAGCGACUUUAUCAAGCGUGAAAACGAUUUUAUCAAGCAUGAAAAUGAUGAAAAUAACGUUGCCAAACGGGCAGAGUAUGCGUUCCAAUCUACCCCCAAACAGGAAUACGAUGUGGCAGAGGAGGUCAUAAAAAUGAAAUCUGUAAUGACUUUGGAGGACAAGUUGAGUGCCUUGCAGGUUUCCAAUGUCGGAGGCAGCUUCAACGACUUGCUGGAAAACAAUAUCCGUGGCUUAAGCCCGGACCGCGGCCCUCCUUCGCCGCGCGUGGCCAAGAGCUAUUACAACGAUCUCUUGCUCGACGGUAUGAAGAAGGAUUUGAAGUUUAGGUCAGAAUCCCAAUUGGACCUUGCUAGGCACCUCGAGAAGGAAGAGGGGUCAGUUCCCGACCUGUUAUUGAAUUUUGAAUCUGCUGCAUCCUCCGUUCCGCCAAAGAUGUUUCAGCGGAUCACCUCUGGAACUUCCCGGGCCUCAUCCAUGUCGUCUGUGCAGUCGUUGAAGGAACUGGAGCGUGUACUCAUCACUAAGAACAACGUUUUCUUGAGCAAACCCGUGGUGUUGAAGGACAACAAUAAAGGCAUUUCGCCCGAGAAUAUUGACACGUCCUUCGAUUUUGGCAGGGUGUACGAGAACCCAUCCGUUUCUGGGUCUGAGGAGUUUCAAGACUCGUUCGAGUAUGUCCGGGAGCUGAGCCCCGAAGACUACCACAGUCUCUCCCCUCCUCCGGAAAUCUACAGAACGUUGAGCCCAGAACGCCCGACGGCGACCAACUCUCCUAUUUCACAGGGGCCAGAGAUCAAGUCUUUCAAGGAGAAACUUGCCAGUUUCGAACAAACCAAAAACAACAAGGUUCCGGCCCCAGUCCUCCAGAAGAAGGCCGUGAAGAGUCACCUGAAUGAUGAUAGUAGGGAUGUCCUGGGUCCUAAGAAACACGCGAUUGUCAUUGGCUUCCCGAAGAGCUGGCCGCAGUCAGGUAUUCCGUCGGUUGUGCCGUCUGCUCCAUCUAGACCUCCAUCUAUUCCACCGCCUUCCCUUGCUUCCCCAUCUGUCUCGUCUCCAUCCAGGGCUUCUCCGUCGGUUCUCCCCUUUUUGUCGUCUUCCAUUCCGCCAUCCGUGCCUUUGCCCGAGGCUUCGGUGCCCGCCCGUGAUGUUUCCGGUAUGUUAUUCCCAGAUUCCCACGACGCGGAUCAGGAAGACAAUGAAGAAGUUACCAAUCCGGUGUACGACUCGAUGCUAACCUCGGAGUUUGACUCUUCCGCUCAAUCAGUGUUGCAUCACCCUGAGACGGAGGACUCAUAUGACGUUUCCACAGCCUCUGUGGUUUCCAUUUCUGUCAUUUCUGUCCCAGAUACUUCCACUUCUGCCAUCCCCGUCUCAGAUGCCUCCAUUUCCGCUUUGGCCCCUGGCAAAGCCUUGGCCCCGGCUUCAGCCUCAACAAUCCUUCCAUCCGGAAACACCUCCGUCGAUGACUUUAACGAACUUUCGAAGUUACACUUUCUGAGUGGCGAGGAUUCAGAAGAGGUCACCACAAGGGCGAAGAGCGACUCGCUCCGCCCCUUAGGUCCUGCUGUAGACACCGACUUCCUCUCCAUCUGGCGGUCCAAUCCGAUUCCUGCCGCAGCUCCGCGCUUCAAGAACCUCAAUGUGGUUGUUCCAACAAAGCUCCAGCCACUUACCGCUCCCAAGGAGGUCAACCUCGUGCGGCGCUCCCGAGUGUUGCUGAAACAGGAAUACGAUCUGGCAAUGGACACCUUUAUCUCAGUGCUUCCGCGCGGGGCGGUGCUCCCGGAUAUCUCGCUUGAUUCGGACUGGGGCUCCCAGAUGCGCACCUGGAGCAAGUCCGAGCGCCUGGUGGAGCUGGAUUCGUCGUAUAUUUCAUCCAGAAAGGUCAGACGGACCUCUUCCGCUGUUCGGCGCUCGGUGAUUGUACCGCCACGACACACCACCCCACUCAAAAUCAAAGGCUCGCCCUGGAAACCGUUUUCACCAUACCGGGAGGGCGGCAUGACGGUUCGCGGUUCCGGGAUGAAAACUUUGCCAAGUAUGAACUCCGAAGACGUGAAGCGGAUCUUGGAGUCCAAGAAGCAAUUCACCACCGACGAGUAUGUCAAGUAUAAAGAUAGCGAGAUGAACCGCCAUAUUUCCGUGAAACGAGCCCCGAACGUGACAUACGAUGAACACUGUGCUUCUUAUGUUGAUGACACCUCCAUGGAUUACUCGUACGGCGAUAUCAUCGCUAACAGCAGUAUGCUCUAUCCACACAUCGCCAGCGAGCUUGCCCGUUCGCCGUCGAAGCCGAAACAGGAGGUGUUCCCCAACGAAUGGAACUUCGACUUUGACACAGAGUUUGAAAGCAUCUGGAAUCGUGGCAACCAGGAAGUGUCUGCGCCGUCACUUCGGCUUUCGCAGAAGGAAAGCAGAGGGAUUCUUGAUAAGCCCAUGCCGAAGGAACGAGUGGUCAGCACUGGCACGGAUAUGGAUAUCUACAAGGAGUUUCUGGAUCUUCCGUCGCCCGUGACCGACCAUUUCAGCAUCCCACUGGCCAUCAAAUCAAACAAUCCAUUCCGCGGGCCAGCCCUCGGUCUUAAAAGCCCAAGCCUCGACAACCACGGUCCCCAGAAGAAAGCCAACCCGUGGAUCAGUGCUCAACCGUUCCACGAUACCUUGAACGAUAAUACGAUGAAUGAAACUUCAGACGCCUCUGUUAGUACAGAAGAGAGACGCAAGACUGCCAGGAGCCACAUCGAAGUUUUAGGUACGGAACCUCAGGAGAUUGUCGCGCAGGAAGCCAAGGCAAGUGGAGCCGCUGUUGAACCCCAGGCAAGUGAGGGUAGUGAGAACGUGGAGCGCGGCCGCCUCUUCUUCCGCAUUGAAGGCUUGAAGAACCUCCAGUUACCGGAGAUUGCGAAGCACGAUGGAACGUUCUCCGUCGUGCUCGACAACGGAAUCCACUGCAUAAAAACGCCGGAGUAUAAGCUUGGGGCACAGUCAGCGGUGGGCCAGGAGUUUGAGCUCGUAGUAGGCGACAACUUGGAAUUCAUCCUCACGUUAAAGGCCAGGUACGAAAAAUUCCGCCUGCCGUUAGUGGAAGUUAAGGAGACCGUCCAGGUCAAGCUGAAGCACCGCUUGAGUCGCAUGAUGGGAGGCAAGGACACGAUGAUAGUGACGAAGCUCGUGGAAAAGAAAGUGCACGACCCAUGGCUCGAGAAGAUUGCGACCGAUGGUUCCUUUGCACGCUGCUACAUCGACUUCGAGCAAUACGAGAAGAAGGUCACGGGUAAGGUAUCCACUUUUGACAUCACAUGUUUCAACGAGUGGGAAACCAUCAAGAACCCUAUGUCGGGUGAGAAUCUUUGCCGUGAGCCGUACCGCAUCGGCCAGCUUGAAGUGAAGAUGUUGUAUCUUCCGCGGUCAUCCCCAUCGGAGGUGCUCCCCAGCAGCAUCAAAGACGCCAUAGAGAGUCUCCGCUUUGUCAAAGAGGGCGUGGAUAUCAGACACGAGGGGUACUUGUAUCAGGAAGGCGGUGACUGUGACUCAUGGAAGCGCCGCUACUUCAAACUUUCGGGCACUGAGUUGAUUGCGCUUAACGAGAAGUCGAAGAAGCCGCGCGCCAAGAUCAACUUGCAGAAGGCCCUUGACGUGGUGUGGGUCGGCAAGGCUAACGUGGACACCACGACCGUUAGAAACUUCAGUGACAUGUUAUUAGUCGAUAACUGCUUCAAGUUGAAGUUCAACAACGGCGAGGUCAUCGACUUCGGGGCUGACAAUCCCGAGGAGUGGCGUGAGUGGACGGGUGUGCUAGAGAAGAUUGUGUCCAAGAACUUGUUCCGUCGCCAGAGCUGGGUCAAAUUGAUGCAGCAGGACCAGAAACCAGAGUAGUUACUCUGUCGCAGGAGUGGUAAUGUAUGCAAGCGCGUUUUUAUGUUGUAUAGGCUGAGUUCGCUUGUUUAGGCGGGUGGUGGAAGAAUUAUGCCAUACGCUCAGGACAAUUUAUUUAUCUCAUUACACCUGAUCUAGUAAGCUAUUGGCAUAUUGUUUCAGUUAUCGUGGAGGUCAUCCACUCCUUCCAUCAAAUGGGUUGUUGCGUAGGCUGAUGAUUUAGAACGGCCAAUCCGUGUUCUGUUUAUGUGAGUAAUGCUAAAUAUUAGAUAGCUGUCAUCUACCAGUUUACUAGCCGU